GAAGGGAUAUUAGCAUGCACAACCCUCUUCAUCCACCUAUACGUUAUCUUAUUUGGACAGAAAUAGCGUUCAUCUAAAGUGUGAAUGCCAAAGUUCAUCCAAGCUAAUGAGGCGUAAAAGCCUUAAACUUAUCUAGACGUAUUUCCAGCCGUUGACCAUAGCAACACGGGCUUUUGAUCUGCGCCAUUGGGUUCUUAGAAUUUUAGGAUGAAAAUAUUAUUUGUAAUUAAAUUUCAUUACCAGUUCAGAAAUUUUUGCUUGAAUAUAUAAUAAACAUGUAAACCUCAUUCUGACAAACUUUCACGUUUAUAUUGUUGGGCGUCAUCAAUAAAUAGAAGGCUAAUUGAGAGAUCAGCUGAAGAACGAUCAAGGAUGAGCACCGGCCAGCAGUCGCAGCCACCACCGGUUGACAGUUGCUCGGCUGAAAUUUUCAUGGCCAGUGUAUCGAGCGGAGAGCGGGUGCCACACCAGCCGCGCAGUCGCGCCGCGUCGUCCGCCCGAGCGCCUCGCAUGUUCCUCCGCGCUCCAUCAUACCAACACAAUCGCUGAAAGAAAACCUACUCUCGACACCAUCUGAUAACAACAACAACGCUCUUAGACAACUGUCCGUGAGUGUCGCGUGCCAGUGCAGUGCUCGUGCCGCGUGUAAUCUCGCAGAAACCCCCCGGACAUGUGAAAAACAAAGCCUUUGUGACAGCACCGGCCUGAGACAUGUGGUGCGGCAAAAACGAACGUAAAAUGAAAUAAUAAGGGCUCAGGGUGACCCCCGGCAUGAGGUCGGGGGAGGCGGGCGAGGGCUCGGAGCUGGCGGAGUUCGGCGCGCGCUGGCCGCCGCCGUACACGCAGGGCUACGGCUGGGCGCGCUCGGCCACUCCGCAGCACCCGCCGGCGCACCACCUGGCGAGGCACUCACGCUCGCAACAGUGGUUGCAGGACAACCGGCACACGAGCUAUGAAGCGGAGGAUGCGCGAGCUCGGGCGCGGGGAGGGGUGUACUAUUCCCCUCCAGGCACCUCCUACACCAUCGUGGAAAGGCCGGCCUCCUCGCACGGCCACCACGCUUCCUACUCGCAACAUCACUACUCGGGCAAGCUAACCAGGACGCCUUACCUGGGGUCCACCACUAUCGCUAAUAGUACUGCAGGAGCAACAAGUUUGCGGAACAGCACAAACCACCUGAGCGCACCAAAUGGCAAGAAGCGGCCCAUUUCUCCGGAGCAGGUGCUGCGGCUGUUCGGGCAGGGUGGUGCCGCAGCGCUGGGCAAAGCGCUGCCGCCCUCGCACCCCCCUGCGCCGCUGCCCGCCCCGCUGCCCGCUCGGAGACACUCCCCCGCAAGUAGUCCAAGCAGUACUACGCAUCAUGCGAUAUACCGCGGUGGGGAGCGGGAGCGGCCAUACUCGUCGGGAGGCGUCCCGCCGCCGCCGACGGAGCCCGCGACCCGCACGGUCACCAUGAGCCGCGACCCCGCCGACUCGCACGGCUUCGGCAUCUGCGUCAAGGGCGGCAAGGAGGCAGGUGAGCUUGGCGGCGUGGGCGUGUACAUAUCACGGGUGGAAGAGGGUUCGGUGGCGGAGCGCGCGGGCUUGCGGCCCGGGGACUCCAUCCUGCAGGUCAACGGAACGCCCUUCUCUGGCAUCUCGCACGAGGACGCCUUGAAGAUGUUGAAAUCGUGCCGUCAGCUUACGAUGACGGUGCGGACGGCUGGCGCGCUGGUGGGGCGGGCGUCGUGUUCCUGGAUGGACCGGUACGGCCGUCCCGCCUCGCCCCCUCCCCCGCGCGCCACUCGGUCUUCCAGUAAAGACCGUUCAAUUCGCAGGGUGGACCUGUGCAUAGAACCAGGUCAGUCGCUGGGGCUGAUGAUCCGAGGUGGGCUGGAGUACAACCUGGGCAUCUACAUCACGGGGGUGGACAAGGACUCUGUCGCCGACAGAGCUGGCCUUAUGGUCGGAGACCAGAUCUUGGAAGUGAAUGGUCAGUCAUUCGUGGAUGUGACGCACGAUGAGGCGGUGGCGCAAUUGAAGUAUCACAAGAGGAUGUCCCUGUUGGUGCGGGACGUGGGCAAGGUGCCGCACGCCUGUACGGCCUUCGGGGAGAGGGAUGCCGCACCUAGAAUAAGUGGCUGGGGCAAAAGAAGAGGAGCAGCGGCAGUGGCAGUAGAACAGAAAGCAAGGUCAUUACUCCCACAGAGCGACCUGCCCGCGCUCGCGUAUUACAUGGAGGAGUACGCGGCCAGGAGACUCACGCCAGACGCUUUCCUUACAGUCUUGAGGGACCUACUAGAUACGCCGCAAAAGUAUACUCUCCUGACGGAAAUCCGAGAGUUCUUGUUGCCUGAAGACAGGCCACGGUUCGACGAACUAGUUUAUAGGCGCGGCGAGGAAGCGGGGGACCACCACAUUAAGCGAGGAGGUGAGCGCCACAUACUGCCAUCCUCGACGAUGCACGAACUGCAUGACCCGGAGGGGCCGGCGGAGGCGCCCCUGGCGGCAGACCACCGCUCGCCCUCCGAAGACUCCGGCUUGGGCCUGCCGCCGCACGACCACGCUUACAGGAGCGGGCGGGGAUGGCGUGCGGCCGCGGAUGCGCCCCAGCACGAUGACGACCUGGAGCCACCGCACGAGGAAUACGAGGAGGAGGGCCGGCGCUCCCGGAGGCACUCCUCGCCCUGCAACUCCCGGGAGGGCAGCACCACAGCUCUGCACACGCAGCAUUACGACGACGCCGAAUUGGCACACAAGUUAUCACGCAGUUUCGACAUGAAAGAAGAGGGUGGUGCUCUUCUAGAAGAUAGAGGGGGAAUCCGGCGUCACCAGUCGAUGCAGCGGCUGCAGCACGGCGACCCCCAGAUGGACGAGAGCAGAGCCGCACGGGUCGUGCCUGACCAUCACGGGAAUCUGCACAUCAGUGUCAAAAAAACUAAACCUAUACUGGGAAUAGCGAUAGAAGGCGGCGCCAAUACUAAACAUCCGUUACCUAGAAUUAUCAAUAUCCACGAACACGGCGCAGCAUAUGAAGCCGGCGGUCUGGAGGUGGGCCAGCUGAUACUGGCGGUGGACGGCCACCGGGUGGAGGGCAUGCAGCACCAGGAAGUCGCGAGACUCAUAGCUGAAUCGUUCGCGCAGAGAGACAAGCCGGAGAUCGAGUUCCUUGUGGUAGAAGCGAAAAAGUCGAAUCUGGAACCAAAGCCAACAGCGCUGAUUUUUUUGGAGGCCUAACAUCUACUGUCCCUCCCCGCCAGCGACCCCCCGGCCGCGCUGGGCAGCGCGACUCAGGGAGUCGACCUCACCGCGCACACCACGGAAUAGCCAACUCGAACCUGCGGUGUCACAUGCUCUUCUGAAUGCGUCAUCUUUGAUGCUCCUUAGUACCAUGAAGCACGUCUUCUCUGGAGAGGGUUCUUGUAUUACAUCGCACCAUAUUUUUGAAAAAUAUAACAAAAUUCUCCAGUUUUGGUUGAGAGCAUAGUGUAAAAUCUCAUUGCAAAAUUUGUACAAUCAAGGAAUACAGUUUUAAUUUACUUACAUAUUUCAAAAAAGUUUAGAUACAGAGAUAAUUAAUUGUGAAAUGCAUUGCGAUGUAUAAAAAACCUUGAAAUUUUAUAUCAGUGAGAAGACGAGUGUAUUUGGUAUAAGGAGUUCAGUAGAGACGUGUCUCGCUCUACAGGGGAUCAGACCACUGUGUGAAUGAUGGUACUCGUCGUAACAACUAUGAAACUAACGCUGCAACGGGCUGACAUGAGAAUACAGACUGGUGAUUUGACGCAGGUAAACUAAGUAGGCUAUGCGAAAUAAUGGCACAAGGGAGGCAAACUUUCUACAUCUCGAGUAUGUCCAAAAUUUUGAAGAAAUUAGGUUUGAAGCACACUGCCCGAGAGGUUUUUAACAAAUUUCUUAUUAAAUUACGUCCCACUUUUCUAAAGGGAUAUUUCGGGUAGAUUGAAAAAAAAAUUUAUAAAUUAUUUUCUAGAGGUAGAAAUUAAACCAAUUUUACCAGUAGUCAGCGACUGAAUUUUAUAAAAGAAAAUCUCCUACUUUUACCAAUUUGAUAAGUUCAUCAUAAAAAGUCACACGCAUUAAACGAUAUCGAUUAAAUUGUAGAUAGCCUCGGUCGAUUCAAUUCCGUAACUAAUUUAAAUAGAGCUAGAGUUGUAAAGAAAUGACGAUAACAUAGAUCUUACUGUUGAUUUGUGACGAAUUGUGCUAAUAUUCGAUUGGUAAUGGUGCUAUGAAAAGAAUUCAUCUUCAGUAAAGAGUUCCAGUCGCGGGAUCAUGAUCACAUUAGUUUCACUAGCGGUCGAGUAGUGCUUGUUGUCAGCGCGUUAGCAUCCAUGCAGAGAGUUCACUUGCGAUGUCAUCCAUGUGCCAUCCAAUUGGUAGGAAGGUCAGCGUUCAGUUCGGGUCAUCUCAUCCCAGAUCGUUGUAUCGGUGGUAGUUGCAGUCCAUCAUUGUCAUCCGUAGAGCAGAGCUUGCAGCACGACGCGCUCCUAAGCAAGCUGUUUUAUAUAUCUCUCUUUUAUUCACUAGACAUACACUUUCAAAAUCAGGGCACGUAAUGUUCCCAAGUGCACUAUCAGGUCACAGGGGCAUUGAGACGCAGAUUUCCCCCGGCACAAGUUAUGACUUUAUUAGUUUAUAUCUUUUUUAUGAUCUGUAAAUAUAAUAGCAGCUUCUAGUAGUUUAACAUAUUUAUAUAGAGAUUUACAAGUAUUAGGUAUUUACAAUAGGUUUUCUCAGAUUUUCUUCUCCAAAAAGGAUCGUGCGAAAUUUGCGUCUCAUCUCCAGCUUUAAAUAAUAUUAAGAUUUUUUAAAGUUACGAUUCUACCUUCCAUAAAUUUAAUUAUCGAAAUAUGUUUAAGUAGAUUCAAUUUUUUUUCCCGUAUUCUGUUCUUAUAAACCCAGAAAAACAUGGUUGUGCUUGUAAUCAGUUUGCUUAGCGAGGCCAUCAAUGCGCGUCUAACAUGUUCAUUCCAUCAGGUAGCGGUGAGUUUACGAAAUUAUGGCGGAGAGGGAUUUUAGCCCACUCUUUAUUUAUAUAUGCGUAAAUUUUAAGUCAAUGUGUGCAAUAUAGGAAAUCUAAAGUUUUGUUAGAGGAUAGAUUCAAUAUCAUAUUUUCUGCAAUGGUAUUCUAGACAUUACUAAGUGUCGACGAAGAGAUGUCCAAAAAGAUAGCAAGUUGCUGUCUUCGUAAUGUACUAGAAUAGCAUAGAGUAUCUACUUGUUCCGAAAUAUCAAUGUGCGUGUUGCUAGUGCUUUUAAUAUUACCUAUUAAGCUGUAGAUAUUGUACACGUCCCUACAGAAACCAUGUAUAAAAUGUAAAAUGCUGUAACUGAACCUCAUUAUUUCGAAUUAUAUUAACAAGUGACCGUUGUAAAUAUAUAUUAUUAUAUUCAUAAGCUGUAAAUACCAAAUUUGAAUGUAUUGUAAUAUAAAUAUUUAUCAAAGUUAGUGCCAAAAGCAUUUUAAAAUCCAGUCAGGAAUCGCGUGUACAGUAUGGUAAAAGUGAAAACGAGCGGCAUUUACAAAACAAGAGGUUUGAGGCACUGGUCGAUUGCAAUGACCUGUCAGCAUCUGGCCUCAGAUGUACAAUAAUAGUCGUCAAUCAGCUUUCAGACAGAUCAAUGGAACCAGAGACCAUGUUCUUAAUACAAGCUAAUCUCACUACGAAUACGCUUUUUAAAUAUUAGAAUUUGUGAAAAUCGUUAACACAUGUAUUUAAAGUAUUUUUAACACAUUUCAUAGUUACAAAAAUAUAUUUUCAAAUAUCUAGUUACUAAACAGUAAUUAAUUUGUCGCAAACUGUUUCUUGAAGCAUUGUGAAUAUAGUAAGUGUCUAAAACUUAAGUCACAUGGUAAAAUCCGCCUUUUCAUAUUUCAAAUUUUAACAGUUUUAAUUGUUAGAUGACAUUAUAUUGAAAUGAACAGAGUACCUACCUAUGCACUGAAACAACUAUAUUUUGUACGAAUAAUUAUAGUUAAUUUUAACUUAUAUCUAUAGUUAAUAUUAAGUUUGUAUGAUUGUUACACUUAAGUAUGUACCUUUGUAAGGCGCGGCGCAUCACCCAGCCUCUAUUUGAGUCAAUUCAUCCUUUACGUACUAAACACGUCAAACCAAAAGCAAUUUUAAAUGUAGGCAUUAAGAAUUAUUUAAAAGUACUGCAACAAAUUGUUCUAGUUAUUGUUUGUAUUUUCCCCACGAGUUUGACGAUUUGUUUACCAACGGCAUAGGUUCUGCUAACGUUAACAUCGCUAUCGUGUAUCAAUAGGCGCUCUUUUUGGCUGUAAAUUAGAAAAAAUGUCUUGACACUUGACACACGAUUUUGACUUAAUAUUGCAGAAUCGUCACCCAGCUUGAUAUACAAGUUGUAUUCGAACCACGCCCGCGACAACGGCACGUCAUGAUUUCUUCCUAAUAUUAAGCCGUCCACUUAUGUUCGCAUUUACUUCUACUUCACUUUUAAGGUGUGGGAUUCUAACGUUAUAAAAAAGGUAAUCGACCUUAGAUAGUGUUCGAUGUUGGUAAACAUUUCACUGAAAUAAUAUUUAUCGCAAAGUUUAUACUUCGCGCAGGUGUUUCGUUGAGAAGAUCUAUGUUGUAGUCUGUUGUUAAGUUUGUCGUUGAUGACAAAAUAUAUUGUUAUCUAGAUAA